AUGGAAACUCAACUUUCUAGGAUUUCUAUAAAUGGGAUAACAGAAAUAAAAGACCUGGAUGGAAACCUUGAUGGAAAGUGUAUAAGAGUGCGGGGAUUUGCUCUCAAGGUUUCGUGUACAGGAAAAUAUGUGUUCAUAGUUCUACGGGACAAUGGAUGCACUAUUCAGUGCAUGUGUGAAAAGCCUAUUGGUGGCAAGGGGAGUUUAACACCACAGGAAUUCAAUUUGCUCAAGAAGGUGACACACGAGUCUUUCAUUGAGGUAAAGGGGAAGGUGGUGAAGCAGGAGAAGGAGAUAUCUGGCUGCGACAAGAAGGAUAUUGAGAUCCAUAUUCUUGGGUUUGAUAUCCUCAGUGCUGCUGAUAAGAACUUACCGUUCGUAAUGAAGGAUGCCUCCGCAACGGCUGAAGAGAGAGAAAAAAACCCAACACUUCAGAAUGUUGGAUAUCACAUCAGACUGGACAACAGGGCGAUGGAUCUUCGGACUCCACAAGCAAGAGCCACCUUUCGGAUCAUAGACGGAGUGAUGUUUUUCUUCAGAGGCUAUCUCAGAAGGAAUGGGUUUGUGGAAAUAAAGACACCGAAGCUUAUUGGAAGCUCUAGUGAAGGGGGAGCUAAUCUUUUUAGUGUGGAUUACUUCAAGAGAAAGGCAUUUAUGGCCCAGAGCCCUCAGCUGUACAAGCAGAUGGCGAUUAUAGGAGGGUUGAAGAGGGUAUGUGAGAUAGGGCAUGUGUAUCGUGCAGAGGAGUCCAACAUCAAUAGGUAUCUUAGUGAGUUUGUAGGACUUGACAUGGAGAUGGAGAUAUCCACGGACUAUAACGAUAUGAUUGCAUUUAUCCAUUCGAUGUUUGUAAGUAUCUUUGACAGUUUGAAGGAAGAAUACCAGAGAAGAACUGGAAACAAUCAGGGCCUUCCAUCGAUUUGA